GUAUGGAGGUGUCAUUAGACCUUACUUCUUUGAAGACGUUGCAGCAAGACGGAGACACUUGUCACACAGCUAGGAAAACAAUGAAACUUUUGCGAUGAAUAUUUCCGGUUCAAUUUCCCGAACUGUACUGUAGAGUAGCUGAAGAACAAUAUUACGGAAGCGAUUGAAAAUAUUCCUGCCGAAACCUACCAAAAAGUGAU